UUUCUGCUCAAAUACAGAGAUUAAAAUCAAGUACCGACAGCAUUCAGAGACAGAGAACAUAAUAGUCAUGGGUUACAAUUCCCAAGACGAGUACUUAUGGUCUGGCCCGUUUGAAUGGGCUUUUGGCUUCAUGUGUCUCGAUAUCUUUUGCUUCGGUAAUUAUACAAGAAGGUUAAUGUUACUGUACUGAAACUAAAGCCCGAGUCUUAUGAACAGGGUUUAGGGUUUUGUUUGCUAUGCGUGAAGAAAGGAGGAGGAAUAAUUAAGAACUGGGGAUGGAGAGUGAUAAGCAUAACGUAACUCCUUCAACUGCUCUGGCUUAUCUGGAUCCUAAUUAUUGGAACGAUAGAUUCUCAAAGGAGGAACAUUUUGAGUGGUUCAAGGACUACUCUCACUUUCGCCAUCUCAUUCAAGCCCAUAUCACCACCAACGCUUCUGUGUUGGAGCUUGGUUGUGGGAAUUCACAGCUGUGUGAGGAAAUUUAUAAAGAUGGGAUUACUGACAUAACAUGCAUUGAUCUAUCUGCUGUUGCUGUGGAGAAGAUGCGACAGAGGUUAUCGGUUAAGGGAUAUAAAGAAAUAAAAGUGCUGGAAGCUGACAUGCUAGAUCUGCCCUUUAGCGACAAGUGUUUUGAUGUGGUUAUUGAGAAAGGAACCAUGGAUGUACUGUUUGUUAACAGUGGUGACCCAUGGAAUCCAAGACCUACAACUGUAGCCCAGGUCAAGGCAAUGCUCGAUGGUGUUCACAGGGUUCUGAAACCAGAUGGCAUUUUCAUCUCAAUAUCUUUUGGCCAGCCACACUUUAGGCGUCCUUUAUUCAAUGCUCCAGAGUUCACAUGGUCUGUUGAGUGGAAUACCUUUGGCGAUGGGUUCCAUUAUUUUUUCUAUAUCUUGAGGAAGGGAAAGAGAUUGUAUAAUGAUAAAGUGUCAAGUGACAAAAUUGAGGUACAACCUAUCCAUCUACUUCAAGAAGAAUUAGAGGGCGAAGAUUACAUUUUUCGAACCAACAUUGAUGAUGAUUAACGAUAAAUACAGUUGUAAUUGUACUUGCUGUUUCUUUUCUUGUGAUAUCCAACUCGAAUGUAAUGGCAAUCAAGCAUUGCAUAUGAUGUGUCUAACCAUGAUAGCAGGUGAUACUUAUUUAUGAUCAAAUUUUAUCAAUAAGGACCUCUUGGUUUAAUGCUUUCAUCAUCA